AUCAUUUAUCGUAUAAGCUGAGCCGAGAGUACGUCGACCGGACCGGCAGUGAAACACUUCUUAUGAUAUUAAGUUUACAAUUGAGUCAACUCAACGUCUUGACGUCAAAAGUUAUUGAAUGUUAUUCUGUAAAACUUAAAAGCUAAAUGUUCAAGCAGGAAUUUGAUUUCUACGAUGCAGGAAUUAUUGCAGAACGAAUGCAUCUUCAUCUAAGUUCAACAAGUAGACUUGUCUGAGCCGAACGCGGAAGUACCUGUACCGCUGCGCCAGCCCAUUGGAAAGCAGUACAGUCUCGCUGUGAUAUGUUACACGAAUUCCAUCGUCUAGUUCAAUUUGACACAGCUAGCUUGGUAGUACUGGUACAGGUUGGUACAGUACAGCACUAGCAUUGCAGUAGCACUGACUGCCUUGACUUAGCCGUCGUUGUCAUUGAUUAGUCUUUGGAGUUGAAUGUCAUCAAAUUCUCCCGAUUUGCAGUGUGAAAUAACAACCUUAUUGCUAAAAUUUUACAUCGAUGAAGUAGACAGAAUUUAGAAUUGAUAAUGGCCGGGGCGGAUACAUCAAAGGUUCGGCUAAAGUUGGAAGAGAUUGUUGUUCCUGAUGACCUAGUGGAAGGCAACAAAUUCCUCAAAUGGGACGAGGAUUCUUCGUCUGCAAUUCCAGUGACUCUGAAGGUUGACGCUCAUGGACACUUUCUCUAUUGGAAGAUCCAGAAUAAGGAGGGACCCAGUAGUAAAUUGGAUGUGGAGUGCCUGGAACUGACCCAAUUGCGAGACACAAGAACAGGAAAAUAUGCUAUGACACCAAAGGAUGCCAAGCUCAGCGUUCUGUGUGACAUGGGUUCCAAGGAUGUUCCUCUAGAAGAUAAGACACUCACAGUGGUCUAUGGAUCAGAGAUUGUUAGUCUCAAUUUCACAAACUUCUGUGGGACAUCAGAGAAAGUCGCUCAGCAAUGGUGUGAAACUUUGCUCAAACUAGCCCACAACAGAUCCGCUCAGAACCCUUCACCAGGCAAGCUACUCCACAAAAUGUACACCAAGAUAAUCAUCAUGGUUAACAGAGAUGGCCACAUUCCAGUCAAAAACAUCCGUAAGAUGUUUGCGUCAAGUAAUUCAGACCGGAAGAAAGUUGAGACCGCUUUACAGGUGGCAGGGGUUCAUAGUGGCAAGGAUGACACAAUCGACCCUAAGAAGUUCACAUAUGAUGUUUUCUUCACAUUCUACCUUCGCUUAGUCAACCAAAAAGAAGUGGACAGAUUAUUCCAAGAGAUGGGAGCGAGGAACAAGCCCUAUUUGCAGACAGCCCAACUGGUAAAGUUCCUGAACAAUGAACAGCGUGACCCUCGUCUUAAUGAGAUCCUUUAUCCAUUCUAUGAUGCCAAGACAGCUAUAAGUAUCCUGGAGAGGUUUGAGAAGAACAAACAGUUUGCCAAGAAAGGUAACAUGUCAAUAGAGGGAUUGAUUCGUUAUCUAAUCAGUGAUGAUAACCAGGUGGAUGGUCUGGAGUCUUAUCUUAUUGCUCAAGAUAUGGAGCAACCAUUGGCUCAUUACUUCAUCAAAUCAUCUCACAACACAUACCUCACAGGUCAUCAGUUGACAGGGAAGUCGACCGUUGAGAUCUAUCGUCAGGUGUUACUAUCAGGAUGUCGCUGUGUAGAGCUGGAUUGCUGGGAUGGUAAAGGUGAUACAGACCCUGAACCGGUUAUUACUCACGGUUACACCAUGUGUACUGAUGUACUCUUCAAGGAUGUGAUAGAAGCCAUUAAUGAAACAGCCUUCAAGACGUCGGAGUACCCUGUUAUCCUUUCCUUUGAGAAUCACUGCAAUCAAAAGCAGCAGGCCAAGAUGGCUCAUUAUUGCAGAACAAUCUUUGGAGACAAGCUUCUCAUUGAUCCACUCCCAGAGUUUCCUUUGGAAGCGGGGAAGCCGCAGCCCUGCCCGGCAGCUCUCAAGAAUAAGAUCCUGGUGAAGAACAAGAAACGCAAGCACACAGAUGCAAGCAAGAAACGAGCAGGAAAGCGUCGAUUUAGCUCCACCUCCUCUUUCACCAGUUCGUUUGAUGCUGAUGAAUCGACGGAGACGCCGCCCUCUACGAUGAGACGAGGUCGACGCCUUCAGAGCACUACAUCAUUGACCUCCAUGGAUAGCGGGGAUGCUCCUUCUGGUGAUAGUAGUAGGCCUACUCGGUCAGGAAAGGGAGUGAAGACAAUUGAGGAGACGGCUGAGACACCAGAACAAAAUGGAGAAGGCAGUGUAAUAAAAGAGGGUGUGUCACCGUCUACACCUGAAGAUAAACCCAAAACAUCAAGAACAGAAGGAAAACCAGGUAGCAAAGUUUCAUCCACCCCCAAACUAAAAUCAGGAGGCAGCAAGGAUGAAAUUGUUCCCCCUGUCUCUGAAAGGAAGACAUCGAAAGGAGAUGUCACAGUGAAAAGUGAUGAUGUAAAGCAGAGAAGAAAAUUAUCUCGACAGGAGGCACAAGAUGAAGAUACAGAUACAAGUAAACCACCCCCUCCACGUGUAAAGAGAAAAAUGUCAAAACAGGAAAGCGAAGAGAAAAGUGGAGAUGUUGAAAUGAACGGUGAAAAUGGGGAUGCAGGCAAUGAUUCCAAGCUGACGGAUGUCCAAGAGGACGACGAUGAGGAGAGUGAUGAAAGCGACGAUGAGGAAGCUCUCAGUAAGGAAGAAGCGCUCAAAAAGCUGCAGGAAAAGAAAGACAGGGGUACAGCUGGUCAAGAAGCAGAGGCCGGAGCUGAGAUGUCAGCCUUGGUCAAUUACGUCCAGCCGGUCCAUUUCUCAACUUUUGAAGGGUCAGACAAGAGAAACCACAGCUAUGAGAUCUCAUCAUUUGUGGAAACUUCAGCCAUGAACAGAGUCAAGGAAAAUCCAGUGGAAUUUGUCAACUACAACAAGAGACAAUUGUCUAGGAUCUACCCUAAAGGAACCAGAGUAGACUCAAGUAACUUCAUGCCUCAGAUCUUUUGGAAUGUUGGUUGCCAGUUGGUUGCUCUCAACUACCAAAAUCUUGAUCUACCAAUGCAACUGAAUCUUGGUCUGUUCAAUCUGAAUGGUAGAACAGGAUAUAUUCUUAAACCUGACUUCAUGCGAAGAAAGGACCGCCAUUUUGAUCCCUUCGCUGAGUCCACCAUGGAUGGCAUUGUAGCUGCUACCGUAGAGGUCAAGGUGCUAUCUGGCCAGUUCUUGAAGAAGGUUGGAACAUACAUUGAGGUGGACAUGUUUGGUCUACCAGCAGACACAGUAAGGAAGAAGUAUAAGACUAAGACUAUCAACAAUACUGGUAUCAACCCUCAGUAUGAAGAUGAUGGCUUCAUCUUUCCCAAGGUUAUCAUGCCUAAACUAGCUAUGUUAAGAAUCACUGCAUAUGACGAUAACAACAAACAGAUUGGACAUCGUAUUCUACCAGUAGAAUCACUCAGACCAGGGUAUCGUCACAUCCCUCUGCGCAAUGAGCUCUACCAGCCUCUCCUCAUGCCAUCAGUCUUUGUCCACAUCAAGGUCAAAGACUACGUGCCCGUUGGUCUGGCAAACUUUGCAGAUGCUCUGGUCAAUCCUAUCCAGCAUCAGCUCAAGAUGGAUGAACAGGUCAAGAUCAGGACAGAAGCUCUCUCAAUUCUCUUGGAAGAAGCCAAAUUGAUGGAGGAAUCGAAAGAAGCUGCAGUAGAGGACAGUCCCGAUGAUAUGGCUAACACCUCCACACCGGAGCCUCAAAAAGAAGAGACCGGUGAGGGAUCAAGUUCACCUGAGCAGGAGAGUAAACCUCCAAUAGAUAAUGCUGCCAUAGCUGAGGGGACGCCUAGUAACAAACCACUGGAACAUACUAAGCUGGAAAUGCUAGAGAAGAGGGACAGCGUUGAUGCGUUGCCCCCGACGAUGAAGAAAGUAUCCAGGCCAUCCAGACAGUCAGAAACUCAACUUCAGAUCUUAAUGAGCCAAUGGCAACCAGAGGUUGUGGCUAAAGACAGCAUUGGAAGUAGCACCAGCAGCGGAGGGUUGCUAAGGUCCGUUUCCAUGGGAACGGCUCAGUUCGAGGCUAAUGCUUUCUCAGGAUUUCACAACCAAAGCAUCCGAAGCCGCAGCACUCCCAACCUGGUCCCACAAGAGGAGAUAGUUGCUGCAACCAUUGAUGAGAUUAAAGUAGAGAAGAAAUAUGUGAAGGUGAAGACACGGCUGGACAAUGAGCUCAAUAAGCUAGUGAAGAAACAAGAGAAAAAACAGAGUAAACUCAAGAAGGGUCAGUCCAAGGACAUCACUAAAUUCAAGAUGUCUCAAGAGAAAGCGAGGAGGAAUAAAGAGAAGAAGCUGGUUUCCAUGGAGAAGAAGAUGCUCAAGAACACAACUCCUGAAGAAGCCAAACAGCAAAGUGCCAAAACUAUGGAGCAGUUAGAGCAAGAACAAGAAAAAGAGAUGCUGAAGAAGCAAGUGAGCCAGGAGGAUGCCUUGAUAGGUCUGUAUAGACGUCACUACCUGGAGGAGAAGGAGCUGAAGGUGGAGCAUGCAGAGAUGCUCUUUGAGCUUCAGAUGGAUCUCAUGGCAGCUAUACAUGAAAAACAACUCAAGAAACUAGAUGGUCAGCACAAGAAGGUUGAGCAGGAGCUUCGUAAGAUGCUUGGUAGUAAGAACAUCGAGGAGAUGAAGAGUAUUGGUAAGAUGAAGAGAGAGAAACAAGAGAUCAGUCGACUGAAGAGAGAAGCUCGUAAGAAACACAUUGAUCAAGCUGUCGAUGAGAGAACACAUUUGAUCAAAUUGCAGGAGAACAAGAAGAAAGAGCUGAAGGAUAGCAUGAAAGAACUACAACAAAACCUCUCCCAAGAAGAAGAUGAUAUGGUAUUGGUGAUUGAGGAGGAAUACAAGAAGAAGACCGACCAUCUGGUUCAAGACAGGAAGUUCAAGCGAUUGACCUCUGACACCAAUGGUUCUAUCAAAGCCAUGGAUGAUUUGUCCCCAUCCGAUGGAGGAGGUCAGAAUGGUCUUAAUGGUGACAUGAAGAAAUCAGCUAGUAGUGGUCUGAAUGGCAUGUCAGAUGGUCCUAGCUCAGUGAGUGGUGGUGGUGAUGUCCCAGACAGUAACGGAUUGAACGGACACAGCAACGGGAACACGGGUAGCCCUGGACACCAUGUCAAAGGUCAUAUGGAUACUGAAGUAGAAGUGCAUGCCAGUGGGAGCCUUUACUCAGAGGAGGUCAAUACAAACAACUCUGCUCAAACCCAUUCCAAUGGUGACAUUGCCAAUGGACUUGAAAGCAGCAAUACUAUGGCAGAUGAAGAGAUAGUAUGUAAGGACUUGGAAACAGGUGAAAGAAAAGUCUGUGAUAGUCCAGCCCGGGUCAACCCUGUCGUGGAGUCCACCAAACUCUAACUUUCUGCAACAUUACGCUACCCUGGCAACAGAACUUGUACCCUUGAAUUUGCAAAUACCUUGCUAAUGAUGCCUUCAGAAGAGAGUGUAAACCAAGCAUAGAAUUCACUAUUUUAUGUUUUUUACGAUGAGCACAUUUUCUUUUUAUGAAGAAAAAAAAUGAUAUAACAGUAAGUACCAAAAUCAUAACCAGCCAUUAUAAGGUUUAGAACUCAUAAUUUUAGCUGCAUUAUAUUUAGUACAUUUAUGUAACAAUAAUCAUGUCUUUAGGAAUUACUAUUGCACAAGGAAUACCAUUUUGUGUGUAAAGAAUAACCGUAAAUGUUAUAAAUAUAUUUGUAUAUGGUAGAACUACUAGAGAUGGUUGUAAAUGAUGUAUCGGUGCUUGGGUAUGACAGAUUUUUGUUUUAUAUAAUGAACACAUGCGUGUACAAAAUGUAAAUGAUGUAAAGGUGUAUAUAUAUGGAUAUUUUUUGUUUUGUGUUUUGAAUGGGUGGUUAAACAAUUUGAUACUAAAGUGUGUGCCUUCAGACCUAUAGACUUGAUUAUAUUAGUGAAUACAAGGUUUAUAUUUGCUUUCAGCAGCAGUGAUUUCCACUGCCUGCAUUCAAAUUUGUGUGUCUGACUUGCAGCCAGUGUUGUCUAUAGGUGAAUGCUCUCAAUAGAAAGUCAAUCGCCGGUCAUUAUCUAGAUUUUAAUCUGGAAUUGGUAUUGCAUUGUUUCCAGAUUAUUCAUAAUGCAGUUUGUAGAUGAUACUAAUGCACAACAAGAGGAACAGAAAAAGGUUUUAAAAGAACUUAAAUCAAGAAUUAGUUAUGAUAUUCACAUGUUAAGAGGUGGCAACAGCAUAUGUACUGUCAAAUAGAAUUCAUUUGCAGUGACUAGUCAUGUACGAUUGUGAAUCUGUAAUAUGUUGACACACGUCAAGUGUAGAAGCCAAAGUUUUUAUCUAUGCCACUCAAAUUUCACCCUCUCUUUAGUUCUUUUAGAAUUGAUUUUUAAUUUGUUUUUAUUCAGAGAGAUGUGAUGAAAACAGCACUAGAAGGAAAUGUACAAACCGUAAAUGGGUACAUCAUAAAAUUGAAAUGUUUAUGAAAAUAGACAAUAUCAUCUUUUAAAAUGUAGCCUGUAAUAUAAAUGUUUUUAAUUUUCUCUUUUGUAUUGAAUCAGAUUUUACUUUACUCUCUCAUGCUAUCAAAACUUUUCUCUUUAUUUGUGAUUGGGUAUUAUGUUGUUGACUCCAACCUCUCACAAAAUAAGUUCCAGGGCCGAUACUCAAUUCAAUACUUAGAAGAAGUAAGAAAUUUACUAAGUAAAUUACUGAGCUAAGAACUUUACUUAUCUCGUAUUCAAAGCCAAAAUCUAAGUAAAAUCCUUACUGAUAAGCAUUGUGACAUCACACGGUCAAUCAAAAGUAAUGCGCAAUUAACGCGUCGCAGUAAAUGCUAUAUAAUAUAAUUGUGCGCAGGUUAUGAUACUGCAUUAGAAAACCAUAUAUGUGCCAAUCAACUGAAUAUAAAAAUUGGCUAAGUAUUUUAUCUAAGCUGAAGACUAAGUAACAUACUCAUAUUUCAAACUUAAGUAUUGAAUUGAAUACGAGCCCUGGAAAGGAAAUUAUAGAUUUUAAAAUGAAAGAGCUUCUCUCUGCUUUUAUUGUACGUACAAGAAUAUAUUAAGCAUCUGAUUGAAGAUAAAAGAAAAGUUGAGAAUACCAUUCCAAUUAUGAAUCUUGGCCAUCAUUCCUGCUGACUUUCCCAAGCAUGAAAAAGUGAUGUGAUCUCAAAAAGUGUAUAUUAGGUUUAUCUUUUCUUGAAUAUUCUUAUGUACAUGUAGGUUUAUAUGCAGUACUAAACGGUCUAUAUCUUGUGUGUAUACAUUGAAUGAUAAUUGAUUCUUUUUAUAUAAGAGAUUGCUAAAUAACAAAUGAUUUUUAUUUAUAUAAAUAUAUAUACAUGUAUCAUAUUUAUAUACAGAAUGAAUGCUGUUAUUUUGUAUUUUAAAAUGAUGGCAAUGUUAGUAGGUAUGUUUUGUGAAGAUGGACUAAACUGGUUGGUCUGUGUAAAUAUCUCAUAUAGAUGGUAACAUGAAUGUUGUGUGCAGAUAUACAUACAUGUGCAGUGCUAUCAAAACAUAAGUGUACUAAUAAAUGAGUCAUGGAAAUAGCUUAUCAAAAUAUGAAACUAAAUAGUUGGAUAAUGCUCUUGCUAUCACUAUAUCUUAUAGGUAAUUUUGUGCAUAUGCAUAAUAUUCUGCUUGCACUUUCACAUAUAGUACUAGUAGGGCUGUUCAUUACUAUAAUAACUGUCAUUUAGGUUAUUGAUGAGAGGGGGGGGUGGAUUAAAAGUAGUAUUUCUAUGCAAUCUUGUAUUUUAAUCAAAACACAAUUCAUUAGGAAAUGAUGUUUAAAGAUGCAAAUUGCUGCUCUUUCCUAUUGCCUAUAUAUCUCUCUUUCUAUCUAUCACAUAUUUGUCCUCCUUUGUAUUUCUUUUCUCCCUCCAAGUCCAAGUCUUUCUCUCUCUCUCUCUCCUUUCCUACCCUCCACUUUUCUUUGUUUUUGUCUUUAUCUUGCUCUCACCCUUACUCCUCUUUGUAUGUUGUUUCAUCACCUCUCAUAAUAGUUCUAUUUUCUAUGUCCAAGUUUCUGUAAUCUUCGAUUCAAACACCGUAGCAUCGGAAUGCACAUUCUACAAUUACUUUUUUUAAAUGCAAUUAUUGUUUUUUGCGGAGUGUGUUCCAGAAAAUGAGAAAGAUUAUCUUAGAAUUUUUACACGAUAGUGUAAAGAUGCAUAGUAGAUUCACUGUAGGUGUUUCUAAUAACCCAUUUACAAUAUAUAUAUAUAUAUAUUUGUAAUUACAACUCACUGUCUGCCUAAGUUUAUUCUUGACUUCUGGUAAUUUGAUUGCACAAAAUCGAGCAGACUUACACUUCACACUAAGUAUUUAAGACACUAAUUAAGUGAUGGUUGCUAAAAAUGUAUAAUAGCUGUGUACUGAGCUAAGGAAGAAAGUGAAUGGAGAUACAUGUAGUUUCCCUGAUAGUGUUUAGGCUCUAAAGCAUGUGGUCCCAUCCCCAUAUGUGCGUGUUGUGCCUUUCAUGAAAUUUGAUUUCCGAGACUUUUUUGUAAAGAUUUUUGUAAUAAUUAUUAUAUAGUUUCCUGUCUCAUACCACCCAACUUGUGCAGGAUAACGAUAUCAGAAGUAUGUUCAGCUAGACUUUGUUUUAAUGCUGUUUGUUGUUAUCUGUUAAUACCAUCAGAGAGUCACAUUCCUAAAUAUUGAAGAAACAGAAAAAGAUGAAAGUACACAUGUGAAAUGUUGUAGGUAACUUACUUUGCAAAUUAGACUUUAAUCAUGAAUAACUUUAUUGCAUUAAACUUUGCUGUUUUAUGGGUAUAGUGAAAUCGGAAUCGGGUAUGUAGAUACAAUUUAUAUCAAAAGAUUAAGUGGUGUUAUAGCAGCUAAAAUGAUUUGGUCUUUGCAUUUGGUCAUUAUCAAAAUUAAUCUUGUAGCUGUAUAUACUGAAAUCCACCAUAAACAUGGCUACCAAUAUUGCUUAUGCUCCAAAUUAAUUCAGGAGAAAAUGAUGCUGUUAGAAAUCUAUUAUGACAAAAAUAUGUUUUUCUUUCUUCAAAUGAUUGCAGGACUACAGGUGUACUGCCAUAGAAGGCUAUUUAUCAUUCUUUACAAUUAUACCUUAUACUGUAUUAUUGAGUUUUAUGAAAUAUCUUUUAUGCCAUUUUGCUGAGCAUUGGUAUUGCUGUGCUAAAUUGUGUUUCUAUGUUGUAUUUCCCAAUGAGGCUAUUGAGUGAUGCAUGUUGAGUGAUGUAUAGAGCAACUCAUCUCAUGCCGGCCGGCCGGAGUGCUAGAAAGGUCUUCUCCCUCUCAGCACACAGACAGCUAAGUCCAAACUGUCUGCGUAAAGUGUCAGUUGAAGGGAAAGCAAGGUUAUGUUUCAAGGAUUUUUUGAAUGAUUUUAAUUCCUCUCUAAUAAUUUGACCAAGGAACAUAAUUAUGAGUGCCUUUUGUUAGGAUAAAGGUAAUUUGAUGCCAUUAUCACUUGUAUUGUAGAGUAAUAACUAUAUAUGAAAUCAGUGAAUCAAGAUCACAUUGCACCCAACUAUAUUACUUAUGAGAGAGGAACGAUUGCCGCUUAUUUUUAAAUUGUUUUAUGAAAUUUUAAAAAAUUGUACAAAUUCACCAGCACUCAAUACAUAUUUGAAUAUUUUGCACUUUUUUCUUCCUAUGUUAUCUUAAAAGAAACUCUAGGAUCAAAAUAUUUCUCACACCCCAACAACUAGAUAUGAGUUGUUUUAAAUCAACAUGGCCAUUGUUUUUUGUUAUUGAAAUAUUAGACAAUUUGAAUAUCUUCUCACACGAUUUUAUGAUUAUAAACACGUUCAAGUCAUUUUGACAGAGAUUUUCAACAGAUUUUUAUUUUGCAAUUAUUUAUCGCAAAGAAGCAUUUAAACUGCUCUGUCAGUAUCUUUUCUAAAUGUUUUAUAGUUUGAAAUACUGUGAGUUGUGAAGUACAUGUCGGAUGAUUGUUGAUAUAUUCUGAUCUAUGAAAGUCCUUUAUAAGGUGCUUGUUAGUAUAAUAUAACUCCUCAUUUAAGGUGGUAUUCAUAAUCUUCAAGCCCUCUCUAUAUAAAUAGAAUCCAAUUAUGUCAGGGAGAAAUAACCCAUCGUGUAUUGGAGAAAGCAUAUGCAUUGCAUUCUGAAGAGAGGGGAUUGCUUUUAUAAAUUGAAAUUAUCUUUGAUGAAUAUUAUUACCUUUUUAAACUACAAUGUAUCUUUAAUAUGCACUGGUGGUGUUACUCGGAUUAUGCUUUCAUUUUGAUUAUUCAAGAUUUAUAUUGUUUUUUAAAAUGUACAAUUGUACUUUUCCCUAAGCAAUGUUCAUGUUCUAAUUUAGUAUAUAUGCAAGUAUUUUAUUAUGGUCACUCUAUAUAUAUUUUUUAAUGAUGCGCUAUCCAGACAUUGCUUGCUUUAGGAAUGUAAGGUAUAUUAUUUGUAAAUUAUAAUCAAAUUUUAGUGUUUGAUUGAUCAAGCAGAUUUCUCAUUAUAGAAUGCACAUUUGUGAGAAAGAAAGGUCCUGAUACAUAAGAUGUGACUUUGAAAUUCUUGCAAAAUGAUAGAAUUUCAGCCAUUUGUUUGUCGCAAUUACUACUCUAAUAACACUGCCUGUGAAAGGGAAAUUUAGAAAAUGAUGUGAAAACAAUUUUGACAUCAUUAAUAGUUACAUAUUCUCAAAAUCAUUAAAAAGUGGUAUCAAAUCAUUUGCCAAUACUUCUAGUCUAAUAGCAAAAAGGUAUGGAAAGGAUUAGACAUACAAAAAAAAUUGAGAUGAGAAAUGAUCAGAUUCCUUUUAUUUUAAUUGACAGAAAGUUAAAGUAACGCAAUUGCGUGAACAUGAUUUGAAUGGGAUGUAGAAUAGGGUAUUGAAAUUGCCCUUAACAUGAUUUUUGGAAAAAGAAUGGUUGCAAUUGUGAAAAGGCAGCAAUUUGUUUGGUAAUGUCACUCGAAUGAUGAAUACGAUAAGAUACAAUUUGAAGUAAGAGAGAUAGUAUGGUACAGUAUGAAGCCUACAUAUUUGAUGAUCUAAUUACCAUUGAAGAUAUGGAAGGGUUUCAAAAACAAAUCUUCAGUCAAGCGAUUUUUAUGAAAUAUAUGUGAAAUAAGUUCAGAAAAUGAUGAGAAUUUUUGUUGGUAAAAGUGGUGCAAGAAACCUAUUUUGUUUUAAUCAAUUGUAAUCUGUUGAUAUCAUUCAGGACUUAGUCUUCUUUAAGUUUUCUAGGAGAAUGUUUGGUUGUUUGCAAGACUUGAUAUAGUUUUGAGAAAUGAUAAUUUGUUGUUAUCUAUGUAUUUUAAUCACAGUGCAGUUAGAAAUAAGGCUGAAGGGGCAGCUCAUGCAAUGACAUUUUAUUUGGUAUAAAUGUAGAUGUUUUUUUUUUAUCUUAAUUGGUAAUGCAUACGGGGAAAUUGGUAUGAUAAUUCCAUGAAUAGAAAUAUAUGUAUUGUAGAAUUUUAAUUUAUGUAUUAUACUAAUCAAAAUUCUAUUUUAAAAUAAGUACAUUUUCAAAACUCAGAAUGGGUGAUGGAAUAAUUUUACAAUUUUUGCCUGUCUGUCCCCUGCUUCUUGGUAUCCCUAUAACAUAUAUAAACACAGGGCUUACUUUAUAUUAAGCAAUACACCUUUUCAUUAAAUGCCCUGUGUCAGACACUGCAAAAAUAUCUCUCUUCGUGUACAUUCUACAUGCUUAGGAUAUAAACCUCUGCAGUGAAUGAAUGUGGAUGCUUUAUCCAGCAUGCAAGGAUAUAGGUUGGGAUUAAAUUGGUGCAAAUCUUUUUGAAUGUUUGUAUAUCUAGCACCACUAUUGGAACAUCUUACUGGGUAUUGAAGUACAUCUCAUGUUAAACACUUGGAAAAGGUGCAUUUAAAAUAAAGGAAAAUAUUUACAUGA